AUGUUUUUCAUGAAGAGAAGUACCGAGAAAGCGGCUGCCAGUUCACUUCUAUCGGGAGAGAUUUUUCCAAGCUUCUGGAGCUUCGAGAGCGACCAACUGUUCGUUGGGGCGGAAUUGCAACGGAGGACGGCACCGCGCACGCCGCCAUGGAAAUCGCCGCGGAGAGAAAGCGGAGUGCCCGAGAUGACCGAAGCGCGGCCUCCCGGGCGUGUAAAAUUCUCGAGCGUGCCUCCUGCACUCCGACGCAGCAGGACGCAGUUGGACCUGAAGUGCAACAAGUCGAAGAGGGUCGCAAGGUGUGCAAGGACAACAACAAUUUCGCGUACUAGAUGA